AUGGGUCACCAUUCUUGCUGCAACCAGGAGAAGGGGAAGAAGGUCUACUGGUCCCCUGAGGAAGAUGAAAAGCUAGCUGAGUACAUAAAAGUCCAUGGAUCUGGUUGUUGGAGUGAAGUCCCAGAGAAAGCAGGGCUUCAAAGAUGUGGUCAAAGCUGUCGCUUGAGAUGGGUCAACUAUUUGAGGCCAAAUAUCAAGAGAGACAGGUUUACCCCAGAGGAGGAGAAGCUCAUUAUCAGCCUGCAUGGUGUUGUAGGAAACAGGUGGGCUGACAUUGCAAAACACUUACCUGGGAGAACAAACAAUGACAUAAAGAACCACUGGAACGCAUGGACGAAGAAGAAAAUAAGGAAGCCACCAACAAACCAAGCAGCAGCCAUGGCAACACUUGUAGCAUCGAAUCCAGAGCUAACGCAACCGGGUUACGCCUCAAAUCCACUCAACUUAGUGAAUCAAGAACUGAUGACAAAGGCACCAAUUCAAGAAACACUAUUUUCUUCUCAACUUCCUCCACCUCCUCCACCUGCCCCUCCUUCGACAUUUACAGAUCCUACCAUGUACUCAAGUUCUUUGACAGCUUCGGAGAACAUGGAAGAGGAUGAUGAACUGGGGUUGGAAUUCUUGCUUGAGCCUCACUCAUGCCCAAGCUUACUAUUUUGGGACCAACCCUUUGAACCACAGAUGUGUGGGGAAAGAAUUGCACCUGCAUCUUCAAAUGCUGCUUCUAUGCUAUGA